CGAUCAGUUUCCAUAUUCACUAGAUAGAUAUGGAUUUUAAUGUGUGCUAGGCUAUUGGACAGAAAAUCAUGUCGUAACAUGCUCAAAUUAGUAGUUGGUCAUGGCAUGUUCUACUUGAAAUUUCUGUUUAUGUAGAGAGUAAGCAACAAAGCAUGUCUGUUUCCUUGUUGCUGAAGGGUGUGUUUAUGAUGUCCAUCUUCCGCUCCAUCCUCCCAAGAGUAGCAAGAUCUAAUGGCUGGAGAUGCUUUUCCACUAGGAUUCCUUACGAUAAUAUAGCAGAGCUAAAUAAGGAAAUGGAAUCAAUAUUUGGUGAAUCUCCAUCACCCAGUCCGUUAGGGUCAAGUCCUCCCCAGCAACCAGUCCAGCCUGCUCAUGAAGCUGAGGAUUCACAACCAGUGCUUACACAUACUGAUAGCAGCGGACAGGCAAAGAUGGUUGACGUCUCACCCAAAGAAGACAGUAAGAGAGUUGCUAUAGCUAGUUGCAGGGUCUUGCUUGGCCAAAAGGUGUUUAAUUUGGUUGCAUCAAAUGAGAUCGCGAAAGGAGAUGUCCUUACUGUUGCAAAGAUUGCUGGAAUAACUGGAGCAAAGCAAACUAGCAAUCUUAUACCCCUGUGCCACAACAUUAAUCUUUCCCAUGUUCGUGUUGAUCUUAUUCUCAAUGAAGAGGAUUCUAGUGUCGUGAUAGAAGGGGAAGCCACAACCAGCGGAAAGACAGGGGUUGAGAUGGAAGCAAUGACUGCAGUAGCCAUUGCCGGCCUCACAGUUUAUGACAUGUGCAAGCCGCUUCAAAGGACAUUUGUAUAACAGAUGUCUGUCUGCAGCACAAAUCUGGGGGAAAGAGUGGAAGUUGGUCCAGGAAUUGAAGGGUCCAUUAUUGGUCUGAGCAUAUGAACUGCAAGCAUGAUUCAGAUAUCAUGACAAUUGAGACUUCGUGCCAAAUUGUUUUGAUUUGGCUUUGAAUGCAGGCUCCUGUGUUGUAGAUUUCUAGUCCUUGAGACAUCAUUUGAAUCUCUGUACUCCUGAGUUGUAGAUACAUUGUUCAUGACUUCAGAAUAGAUGGUCAUGUCAACUUAUUUUCAGAUCUAUACUUUGUUUC